AUAACUUUGGUCAAGCUACCAAAGUCACCAAACCAAAGCUUGGUCUCUGAUUUCACAGACCCUUCCAACUCAGCAAUUUUCACAGGCCUCCAAGGAUGAAUAUCUUCCACUUACUCCUGGCCACCCUGCUGGUCUCCCUGUGCUUCCUCACUGCCUACAGCCACCUGGCUGAGGAAAAGCCCAAGGAUGACAGGAGCCUAAGGAGCAACUCCUCUGUGAACCUUUUGGAUUUCCCUUCUGUCUCUAUUGUAGCACUGAACAAGAAAUCCAAAAAGAUCAGCAGAAAAGAGGCAGAAAAGAAGAGAUCUUCCAAGAAAAAGGCUUCGAUGAAGAACGUGGCUCGUCCCCAUCCCCCGCCGCCCAACCCCUGCGUGGCCACUCGCAACAGCUGCAAGUCCCCGGCACCCGCCUGCUGUGACCCCUGCGCCUCCUGCCAGUGCCGCUUCUUCCGCAGCGCCUGCACCUGCCGCGUUCUCAGUCCCAGCUGCUGAGCGCGCCCAGCGGCCUCCAGGGGGUUUGCUGAGUAUCUAAGAAGUACGGCUUUGGGGAUCCCUGGGUGGCUCAGCGGUUUGACGCCUGCUUUUGGCCCAGGGUGCGAUCCUGGAGUCCCGGGAUCGAGUCCCAUGUCAGGCUCCGGCGUGGAGCCUGCUUCUCCCUCUGCCUGUGUCUCUGCCUCUCUCUCUCUCUUUCUCUUUCUCUCUGUCUAUCAUGAAUAAAUAAAUAAAAUCU